UGAUCUUUGAUUUCAUCAUCGUUAACAACGCUGCUAAAGCAUUGAUAUUAUCGAACAGGAAAAUAAAGAAUACCAAUAAUCGCCACCACCACCUUCUCAUUCCACACAACUCUGAUCUGUAUUGCAAAUCUGAAGCCAUGAUUGCACUAUCAAAUCCCUUGGUUCUACCCACCAACAACCCAAAUCAAUCAUCAUCUGGUUCCUCUAUGAAAUCGCUUGAUCAGAGCACCAAAUUGUUGUUUGGACAGGGUCAUGUGGGUAAUGUACGAUUACGCACAUCCAAAAGGAUGCUUUCUGUUCAAGCAAGAUACAGUGAUAAUGGAAGAUCAACUAAUGGUAGUGCCUUUGGUUUCGGCUUUGUUCUUGGAGGUUUAAUUGUUGGCACACUUGGCUGUGUGUAUGCACCUCAGAUAAGCAAGGCACUAGCUGAAGCUGACAAAAAGGAGUUGCUGAGGAAGCUGCCCACUUUCAUUUAUGAUGAAGAAAAAGCUUUGGAGAAAACACGCAAAAAAUUGACGGAGAAGAUAGCACAGCUGAAUGAUGCAAUAGAUGAUGUAUCUUCUCAAUUGAAAUCAGAAGAUGAGGAGUCAAACAAGAAUGGUGCCGUUGUUUUUGAAAAGAGUCAAUCCGUUGCCUGAGAAUAUUACUUCCGUGUUUGAUCGUCAUCAUUGUCAUCACAGAUCUUCAAUACCAGUAUGCAAGAUUUGUUCUAAGAAAUAAUAGUUGACCCUUUUAUGUUCUCUCCUGUUCUUGACUUCAACUUUAAAUUAUUGAUGCAAAUUAUCCUUUUUUAACCUUGUAAUACAUGAAAUAUUUCUU